AUGUUGCUCAACCUCUUCUUUCCUUUGCAGUCUCUUUCUCUCUCUCCAAGACAAUUAACACCAAAGCCUAAAGUUGUGUUUAUUAGUUCUCUUUUCCUAUGCUUUCUCAACAAAGUUCCUUCCAUCCAAUUAACAUCAAAGAAACCAAACCAUAGAGUCUCUGCUCCAAACAAGAACAAGAUUCUCAACAAAGUUCCUUCCAUUUCAUCCUCAUCAUCUCCUUCACACUCUCAAGUCCAGAAGAGAUCUCUAAUCACCAUGGAAGAAGUUUGGAAAGACAUCAACCUCGCUUCCAUCCACCACCUUAACCACCACAGCCAACAUCCACAACACAACCAUGAGCCAAGGUUCAGGAGCCAUAACCACCAAAACCAAAACCCUAACUCCAUCUUCCUAGAUUUUCUCAACAGACCUUUGAACCAGGAACCAACCAUACCCACAAGCCUCAGUGGCGAUGCCACCACCGUCACUGCUCUCUUCGGCAGCUCUCCUUUGGCACCUCCUGCAACUGUUCUGAGCUUGAAUUCCAGUGCCUGCUUCGAGUUUCUUGAUAACCAAGAUCCUCUUGUUACCUCUAACUCCAAUCUGCAUAGCCACAAUCACCUCACAAACGUUCGUUCGUCGGACACCCCUUUUGAGGCUCUGGUUACAUCCACUUGUUUUGGUAAGAAAAGAGGCCAAGAGUCUAAUGAAGGUUCAGGGAAUAGACAUCACAAGCGUAUGAUCAAGAACAGAGAAUCUGCUGCUCGUUCAAGAGCGAGGAAACAGGAAUGUGCUUAUACAGACGAGUUAGAGCUUAAAGUUGCUCACCUGAAAGCAGAAAAUGCAAGACUAAAGAGACAACAAGAUCAGUUAAAAAAGGCGGCAGCAAAUCAGCAACCCAAAAAGAACACACUUCAAAGGUCUUCCUCAGCUCUAUUUUGAGAAAUCUACAAGUCCUUUCUCUUUUGGGGAUUGAGAGUCUUUCAUGAAGAAGUGAAAAAAUAGAAAAGUUUGUACCUCUUUUUAUUAGCUAUAAGUAUCAGUAAGCUAGAUUUGUAAACCUAAGAUAUUGCAGGGUAAAGAAGUUGGUAAAAAAAAAUGAAAAAAAAAACAGAAAGAGGAAAGGAUCUUUCCAUCUCCUAAGGCAUAGGAACACCUGUCUUGGGCCUCUCUCCUCUUGUUCUGUCAUUUUCUCAUGUACUAACUUGUAUUUUUGUAGUAAUGCUACUUCCUCUUCUAAUUUUAGUUUGAAAUUUUUACAAAUAUUAUGUUUUACUGCUUAACCAAUUUGGUUCUCAAAAGAAGCAAAAGGUUCAAGUGGACCAAUAGACAAAACAGUGUUUUUUUUUUGUUGAUAAACCCUAUCGGCCACUUAGAUGAUGACUAUUCCAAAGAAAAGUGAGAAUGGGACCAACCUACCACUGAACAUUUAUGUUUCUCCCUGCCCCCAUUAUCACAGAAAGGUCCUUUCCUUUGGCUGGCUACCAUAUACGCCAACAGCUUGCACUAUGAAAUCGGAACCUCCAAGCCAAUGGGAAUUAAAAUCAGCCCACUUUUUGGUUGGUCAAGAGAGAACAUGAUAGUGUUAGUUAUGUUCUGGUCACCCCCACGUGUUACUUAUUCUUUUUUUUCUAUACCAGUCAUCAUCAAACACUAGGUGUGUUCGCAUGGAUUUGGUUUAUCAAGAGAUUAGUUUUAUCCCUCUUUUGCUACACUAGUCACCAUCAAAACAUUGUGUUUGUCCAAUAAGAUUAUUCUUGAUCCACUUUUGGUUGUUGAUGUUUUGCUGUGUGUUCUUUCAAGCAACCAAAGGUGGACAUAAAGAGCUAAUAUAGUGUGGCAUUAAGAUAGAGAAUAAACAUUACCAAAAGUAGGACUGACUAGAAUCUAUCCCUCACAGUAUAUGGUAAUACUUAGAGCCUCUCAAAUAGGCAUCCAAUACUUUUAAAUCAUACUUUUUUAGUUUCAUUCCAGUCAAUUAGAAUCCUAGACUCAAAUAGGCAUCCAAUACAUUUGAAAGGAUAUAAGACCAAGCAAAUAAUGAGUUUCUUGGCCUCCACGAAAGCUAUUGCAGAUCCAAGCUUUCUUUUAAUCAGACGCAUCACAACUCAGACAAGAUAAUAGUCAGACAGAGUAUCUUACCGUGGGAAAGGUGUUGCUGGUGUAAGAAAUGAGCAAGCACGUUUUACCGACAGCUCCAUCACCAACGGUAACACACUUUAUGAACCUUGAAGCGCUCAUUGCCUCCACAAGCUUUUCUCUACUCUUCUCCACCAAUACAAACAACCUCACAUCUACGCCUGAGGAACCAAGAGAACCCCCACAAUAUGACUUAGAAUCAUCUACCAUUACAUUCAGCUGACCAUCUCCGCCACAACCAAAACCUUAGAAAUGAAAAAAAUGUGGAAACCCUAAAAGGAAAUCAGACGUGACCAAGAAGAAAGAAUAUGAAUGUUGUUGUUAACGCACGUGAGGACGAUGAACUGGAUCGAGAGAAACACUUAGAGACAGUAAGUAGAGACAGUGAUGUCCGCAAAUAAUUAAGCGCUCUCUUAAUGGAAUCAUCUCUACCAUCAACCUUCCCGAUUGUUUUACUUCAUUUCUCUUUUUACAUUCUUUUUUUACUUUUUGUAACACUCUGUUUACAUUCUUCUGUUCUGUUUUUUUUUUAAUAUAACGUUUCUAUGUUCAAAAAUACUAAUUCGUUAAAUUGAAAAUCCAAAAAUUAACGUAACUCUUUAUUUGUCCAAUAAAGAUUCCAGCACACAAUUUAAUCCAACAAAUACAAGAUAGAUUAUUAUGAACGAAUCUACUUUUUAUAUCUAGAAAACGUAAAAGUCAACUAAAAAGGAACUAAGCGAAUUACCAAUCAACUAAUUCUGCAAUCAAAACUAUUAUAUGUCUCCUACAUAACACCGUAAAGGCCACCAACAUGUCUAAACAAAUUACGUAGCAACUAAUAAGUAAUAA